AUGGUUUCUGCUGGUGUCAAUGUGCUUCGGUGGUCUGCCCUAGGAGUCGGUAUCUUCUACGGUUUCUCUCAUCAACGAUCAAUCACUGCUUCUGACAAAGCGCACGAGGCCAAAGCAGAAUGGGAUCGAAAACAAAGCUUAAUUACGAGGGCGAAGCAAGAAUAUCAGAAACAAACACAACCGCAGAGCUUUCAAUCGCAGACUGCAGGCAAAGCAGAUCUUAAUGACCCAAACGUCGACCUAGACACUCUCAUUACCUAUGGUGAAGGCAGCAAAUAA